AUGCAGUACGAGGCAGAGUUUACUGCUUUGGCCCGAUAUGCUCCGCAGCUGGUGAGUACUUCUGUUGAGAAGUGCUAUAAAUUUCCGAGGGGACUACGAGAUAGUUUGAGGCAGCCCCUGGUACCAUUUCAUAUUUCUGAUUUCUUUAAGCUUGUUGAGAUAGCUCGAUUGAUAGAGAACGAUCCGAUGGCUACUCAACAGUGGUGGACUGCUAGUAGGAAGAGAUUUAGUGGUGAUGCUUUUGGUAGUGGGUUUUCUGGAUUUGGUAAGAAGAGAUUUGCUUUUGAAGAUUCCAGGAGGCGUGGACAGUCUGUGUUCACUAUAGUUUCUGGUAGUGGCAACGUGACCAGUUCUGGAUCAACAGGAAGGCCUAGGAUAGUUCCUCCACGUACUAUUUCUGAGGGAUCAUCUGGUAGACCUGGUGGAUCAGGUUCUAUGGAGAGGAGACCACCUGGCGGUACUCAGAGGGAGUCUAGUGGUUCUGUGGCCUCAGCUCCAGUUCAACCACGUGUAUAUAGUUUGAAUCAGCAAGAAGCUCGUGAUGCUCCGGAUGUGGUGACAGGUAUGGUUUAUAUUUCUGAACAUCCCUGUCGUGUUUUGUUUGAUUCUGGAGCCAGUCACUCGUUUUUAUCCGAGCGUUGUUUUGAUGAUUUGCAUCUGGAUUCUAUUUUGCUACCGAUUUCUCUUUCUGUUCUUUAG